GUCUGAGGAAUUCAAACUCGAGGUAACGUCUCUUACUUGCGCUGUAUGCUGGCGAAGUAGUUGCUGUUACUUGCAAAACGUUAUUUUUGUCCUGAAAAGUACAUUUUAUUUUGGAAAUUACCGGAUAUGGUUAUUUGUAAAACAGAUUACAUUGACAGACAUCACCGAAUCACACGGCAUAUUUGACAAAGAGGAAAAAUAAUCAUUUGAUACUGGUACUCUGACAGAUAAUACUUUUAACAUGACACUACGGCCGAACGAAAGCGUUGCUCGGCGCACUAAAACAGAGCAUAAGGGGGAAAACGACCGUUAUUGUAAAUAAUUGGCCGUUUACAUUUGAAGGGUCCAGUAUGCCAAAGGAACAGCCUGGCUUGAGCAAGCACAGUCUUUGUGCUACAUCCAGCAAGAAUGCUAAAGAUAAGAGCAACAGCACGACUUUGCUGGCAAUACGUAAUACUGAAUACACAGUCGACUCCAAUGGACGAGACUCCCGCUGCAGUUCAGAAAAGGACUCUGGCUACUCUGACGGCUCAGACUGGCAGCAGACAGAUGUGGAAGACCGGCGGAGCAACAAAAGCCAGUCUAGAGGACGCGAGCAUGCAGAAACUUCACGGCCGGGUCAAAACCAAAAACUUGGGCAAGACAGUCCUGGAAAUCCCACCCUCAUGCCAACAGUCCGUGAACUCUCAAGCAUAUACAUCAUCAAGCAGGACAUGAUCCAGGACAGAGGUCAGUUACCCCUGAGAAAUGGAAGCAGGGAGACUGCUAGUCCUGGCGCUACCCACAUGAUCCUUUUACAGCAGCCUAGCUUGCUGCUGGCCUCUGUUCAGCUCCACAAACCAUCAUCUCAGAAGUCCAACACCACAGAGAAGAUAAUAAAUGGCGCUUACCUACCAAUUCUCAACUCCUACCCUCGCAUUGCCCCACAUCCCAGCAAGAAGCCGCCUGAUAAAUCUUCAAUGAAUGAUGAAUCCCAGAAUUUGAGCAAGAGGGUGUGCAUAGAACACAACAGUGGAGACACACCUGUGACAAGGAGUCUGCUUGAGCAGCACCUUUAUAAGCAGCCCAAAUUAGCACUAAUAACCUCUGGGCCUCCAUGUUCCUCUUCAACCACAGAUAGCGUAUCCUCCUCCAGUCUCACUUGUGUCUCCUCGAGCCAGGGCUCCUCAUCUGAGUCCAGUCUAUACGCCACUUCCUCCUUCCCCUCAACCAGAGGACUUCACAUAAACGGCAGCAACAUUACUCGCCACCGCCGUUUCCACAACACUGUAGAAAUCCUCAGACAGUCAGGUCUGCUGGACAUUACACUGCGCACAAAGGAGCUGCUUCGCCAGAGCAACGCCACCGAGCGGGACAUCGUCCAACUUCGCCAGCACACAGAGCUACUGUGCCAGGCUGCCAGCAACCCCGGCUGCAGCGUGAGAGGUAUCACAGCCUGGGAACAUCUACACCAGUCAAUGGCAGAGUCUGGCAGCUACCCCAACCAUAAAAUACUGCAGAAUUUACAAAUGCCAUGUCAUCCAGAUUCUACCAGUCAAACAGAGAGUAUUUCAGCAGGUGACGCCAAUGUCUCACAGGCUGCUGAAAACUCAGAGGUUCCACGUCCUCAGUUUCUGACUACUAUCGCAGACCAAAACCGGCAUUGUCCUGUGCCGCAGCAGUCUCACUCAGGACAAGGUAGCAAGCUCGAGGCCGGUUCUAAAUCUUCAGAGAAAGUCACCUUUAUGCCUCCUGACAGUUCUACUGGUUAGCACAGUCUGCAGUGCCUUUAAAGGGAGUACUCAGGGCUGGUCAGUGGAGAACCAGUAGUUUGGUUUUAAUGAUUUAUCCUUGGCUAUUUAAAUCUAGUUUUAUAGGGAUAAUAUCUCUGCAGGUCAAUGGAAAUCAAAUGAUGACUUGAGCUUAGUUGUUACUGUACAUGCUGCAUUACAAAUUUUGUUUCCAGGUGCCUUACUUACUACACCAGAAUUAAGUGUUGGACAUCUGAAAGCUGAUGUAUAAUUAAUGUAGUCAGGUGAGAUUCAGUCCUAAGGCACCAUCUUAUAUCACCACUGCAGACAUUAUGGAACCAUGCAGUUGAGUAGAGGGUCUCUGCUUGUGAGCCACUUAAAGAAUUAUGUGAAAAUAAAAUGUGUUUCCCCAGGAGGCAGAGGAAAUUGCCUUAUGUUCAGACAGCACUUAAUGCAGUGUUGACAGCUACAGUAUAAUCUGUCCAGUUGGUCAUUUCUCCAUCACACCAUCUAAAUUCAGGGAAAAGGUGAAUAAACCCAUCUCCUGGUAGGUGAACGUAAAGAAAAUGGUUUCUUAUAAUCUGCUUUUCCUGAGGGAGACUCAGCAGUCCAAACAUGGCGAUAAAUACGAUCGCUGCCUUCAGAGUGACACAGCUAAGGCUGAAGACUCCCAAAACUAUGGCACUUUAAGGAAACCUUGUACUUGAGGCACAAACUGGGCGCUCAGUGGAAAUUUCUCUGCAACAUCACAAGGUGCACUACACUGGACUGCUGCGUGGACCAUCCAGACGCUUUUCAACAAAGCCUUAAAACCUUUUUCACUUGACUUUUUCUGGGACUCAUCAUCAAAAGUCGUCAUACUAAUUUGGUACACAGAAGUGUUUGUUCUUUUUGCUAACAACAGUAAUUCAGUAAUAGACUGUAUGAAUUCAACACAGCAUCCCUAGAUAAUCAGUUAUCCCAUUUGCUCUCGUGCAGCAACUUCAUUGUCUGCCUUCACAUUGAUGAUAUUGUCUUUACUGCACCAAGUCGUGAUCCUCUGUUUUAGAUGGGCAGAUGAUUUCAUAGAUUAGGAACAGUUUGCAUUGCGAGUUUGAGAGAGUAAGUACAGAAGUAAGCUGACUAAGUGGUUAUAUGCAUGUGUUUGUUCUUUGCUUGAGCAUAUGACAGAUAGCACUGCCAGCAAUGCACGCAUUUCUGAAGUCUAAAGUGGUUUAUACGGUGUAUUUGUUGUCAUUUUAAGGUAUUUAAAUAAAGCCAAGAAUAUACUUUU